GUUUCACAGCGCUAAUUUGCGAGAAGGUUUUUUAUGAAAAAUUGAGAAUUUGUUCACAAUGUUUCGCGAUUUAUAUAAGCAAAGCAUCAAAGGUAGAUUUCAAUUGCAAGAAGAGAGGCGUAAAAAACUAUUAGAGGAGCAAAAACGCAAACGUUUCUUACUGCAGGAUUUACAACGCGAUGCUGAUUUGAGUGAUAACCGGCACAAAACUAAAUUGUGCGCACAUGGUGGUAAAUUAGGGGCUUCAAGGGCCUUAAAAGAUGCUUAUGGUUCUGACUAUACGCUACAACUAUCUGAAUGGCUCCGCGACAGACCCGUGAGCUUGGAUGAUUGGGCCAUGGUACCAUGCCCAAAGGGUCAGCGUUGUUUGUUGAUGGCUACUAAUGGACGUACUGAUAUGUAUUCCAAAGCAGGCCGUAAGCGGAUGACUUUUCACACUUGUUUACCCGGUGACAAUGGACAACGAGGAAGUAAAAUAAGCACGUUACUCGACUGUGUUUAUUCUUCUGAUCAAGAUACCUUUUAUGUGUUGGACGCCUUAAUUUAUGGGAAUCAAGAACUUAUUCAUUGUGAGGCGCAAUUUCGCUUUUUCUGGUUACGUUCAAAGUUUGAUGAGUGCCAUGACCUGGCCGAGCGUGGCAUAAACAAUGAAAAACCUUUGAUAUUGUUGGAACGAUUAGAUAUGGAGAAUAUUGAAAAUGUAUCGGAAGCUCUGCUACGCUUUCCAUUCUUUCCUAACAAUGUACCAGAGCUUGAUGGAUUGUUGUUUUACCACAAAGAAUCAAGUUAUACAUGUGGGUCCACACCAUUAGUAGGGUGGCUUUUUGUGUUCAUGGUUCCUGACGUAUUAGGAUAUCCUGUUAAUGAAAGUUAUCAAAAGCCCAGCGACUAUACUGAACCACUGGUAUAUAUGGAAGAGUUUGAUGCUAAGUUAGCUUGCAAAAAACAAAGACGCUUCCGAAAACACUCCAAUUCAGCAGAAAUGGACACAACGGAAACGGUCAAUUGUGAUGAAGACGAGUACGCAAAAUUUGACAAGACUGAAAAUGGAUCACUGCUUGCUUUGUUAGAAGCUGAACGAAGAUUAGAAAUUGAUGAGCCUGCUGACCAAUUUUUGACCUGUGAUGUUAAUGGUGGUGACUAGGAAAGCAGUUAUAGUUGCUCCUGUUGCUUCGUAAAUGCUACUAAAUGAGAACUUAUGUUUUAGGGGUAGAAAGUGGUUUGUUUGCAUCUGCGCAAUGACCACUUCAACGGGUCUACAGAGCAAAUACGAUAGCAGUGAGCAACGCGGGAGCUUGAGUAGAAUAUCGAUACACAACU